GUGUGUAUUCGUUAGAAAGUGAUAGUUUAAUACUCAACGCAUCAGUGACCGUGUGGGCAAACCUGGAACUCAACAGGAUCAGGAAUAAAGAGCCAGACUUCUGUCACUCAACAGUAUAACCCAAAAGGUCAGUGUAAUCACCUUGUUCCGGCGAAACUGAGCAUUGGUAUAGCUGCAUUACAACCAGCAGGCACUAUUAAGGACUAAGGAACGGUCAGUUCCUUAAACAAACAUCAAAACAAAUACCAUAUGUUACAGAAACAAUAGCAAUAAAUCGCCGCAUCAUCAAACGCACGAACGUGACCUUCAUUCAGGCACGCGCUGUCAGCACGUUCGUCGCACUCAUCAUCAAAUUAUCGAACAACGCGAUAAAAACCGUGAACUGCAAACGUGCUGACACAACAAAUUCCAUUGCCCACAAGAAUUGCCGUGCUAAGGGCUAAAUAUCUAACCCAUUGACAUAGACCGAAAAAACUGGUCGUCAAUAACUGAGAAAGACAACAUCUGUUGGCCCUAAGCGAGGAGGAGCGGACGUCACACUCAACGAGCGAAACAUCAGGACCAAUCACACCUCUGGUUCUACACACGACGUGCGUGCUACGCUACCACAUACCGACCACUGCAGGACAUCGGCGGAACGUCGGAAAAUAAGAACAACACAUUACUAACAUAGAAUAGUAUUAACUAAACAUACAAUUGUAAACAGUAAGAAUAACAUACUAACACGUAACUUGUAAACAAAAAUAUAUAGGUUUUUAACAAAACAUUCUGUAGAAUAUAGAAACACACACAAAACUUACAAUAACAACAAUGUCUACUGCCAGCAGCUCACGUGGCAAACGCUCAGCAGUUGUUGUGGUAACAUCACCGUCACCCGUCAGAAAAACGGGAGCGAGCCUUCCACAGUCCGGGGUAGCAUCGUCACUGACUCCGCAGAAGUCUGACCGUCUGAUGGCCACGUCUAUGAGCGAAGGAUCCACCACCUGCUCACCUUCCUCUAAAUCUCAAGCUGCGGAGGCCAUUCAAAGGGUGGAAACAUGGGAGCAAGCUGAAAUCCUCACGGAUGACGAGGCCUGGGACUUCAGAUCUCAGGAUAAGUCAGAAACGCAGGGAAGGAACAGCAUGUUGCCCGGAGAUGGACGGCGCUCGGGCAUCGCAAUGGAUAUGGCAAACAAAUAUGCCAAUGAACUGCUUCAGCGAGGAAAAACGGCUUUGGAAUCUGCCGGGAAUAUGAAGCGGGAAUUCAAGUUAACAGCUAUACAAUGUCUUCAGUCCCUGUACGAGACCUGUCUCGCCCUUUCAGACUCCCGGUCACGGCAUAUGUUGAGCCUGGAGAGGGAGAGGUCACGUCAUGCUAGGGAAAUUGUUGCCAUCGAAAGGGCCCAUAGCAAGAAAAUUGCUGAGGUAACCAAAAACCUAACCUCAGAAGUAGCAUCGGCACGAAACGAUUUAACGGCGAACCUCGAGCAGACAAAGGCCAUUCGUUCUUGGCUAGGCUACGAGACGUUGGAACCGUACAAGAGGAUAGAAGACAUACUCAAAUCCACUUCAGAAAUAAAAGCGACCGUUGCUAAGUGGAACCUCUCUCGAGACUUGCCUACCAAAACUCUGACAGAAGCAGAACUCCAGCCUCUGAAAGAACAGCAGACCAGGUUGCUUCAAACAGUACAGACAUUGUCUCAGCAACUGGAUGAACUGCGCAGAGGUCAACAUAAAACUCUAGAAAACACAACCACUCUCCAAACAAUGAGUCAGGAGAUACAGGUUAGGCUGAGUUCCCGUGAGCAUAGUGUCCCGACAGAAAUAACCACUGAGAAUCCUUCAUCGCAACACCAUCUUCCCCAACUUAAAAAUGACCUUCAGCCUAUCACCGAGCGACUGGAUGCAGUAUCAUCAGAACUGCGAACAAUGAGACAGCUUAAAGAGCGAACGCCUCCCCCACCUGCGCCAAGUGUGCGUACGGAAAUGGCAUUGGCAGACAUUGUCAGACAAAUCCGACAGCCCACAUACGCGCAUGUGGCAUCCAAACCAUCCGUUCCCAGACCAAACCACACCCUUAUCAUAAGUUCAACGGAUCCCAAAAACACAGGAGACAAUGUUAUUGAAAAGAUAAGGGUAGCUCUGGACUGCAAAAAGACAGGAGCAAAAGUGGAAAAGGUGAGAAAGGCAAAGAACCAGAAGGUUGUCAUAAGCUGCGGCACCAGAGAAGAUAUGAAGCUGGUGCAAUGCCAAGUCCAGAAAAAGGAUGAUCUCAAAGUUGAAAUAGCCAAAGCUAGCAACCCACUGCUCCGAAUAGCAGAUGUAUUGUCCUACCAU